ACAAGAAAACUAGAUUGGAUCUAUUUAGGGGAUCUCUUUUGCCUUGUUUCCUGCUUGUGCUGUUUUAAUUCGAUUCUUUAUCAGGACAUUGCAGGUACACUGGCAACUGAAGCAGCAGAAGACUCUACACAGGUGGCGAAGCUGCGUUCAGCUUUAGAGUCUGUUGAUCACAAAAGAAGAAAGAUUUUGCAACAAAUGAGAAGUGAUAUGGCAAUGUUGACAUUAGAAGAUGGAAGUUCACCAGUUCGAAAUCCUUCUACUGCAGCUGAAGAUGCCCGACUUGCAUCCUUGGUUUCCCUUGAUGGCAUUUUGAAACUAGUCAAGGACGUAUUGAGGCAAUCCUCUGUGAACACCCUCAGUAAGAGUAGGAAGAAAGCUAUGCUUGCUUCUCUAGAUGAACUUGCAGAACGAAUGCCUUCUUUGCUUGAUAUUGAUCAUCCAUGUGCUCGGAGGCACAUUGAAGAAGCUAGGCAUGCUGUUGAGCCGAUUCCUGAAGAGGAUGACCUGCUUCAUGACACCGUACAUGCUUCUCGACAUCCUGAGGAUGUGGGAUUAGGGGGUGAAACUGACGUGGCACAGUGGAAUGUUCUUCAGUUCAACACUGGUUCAACAAACCCAUUCAUCAUCAAAUGUGGAGCUAACUCGAACUCGGAACUGGUCAUUAAAGCUGAUUCACGAGUUCAGGAGCCUAAAGGGGGUGAGAUUGUCCGAGUUGUUCCAAGACCAACCGUUCUUGAAAAUAUGAGCUUGGAUGAGAUGAAGCAGUUAUUCACACAGCUCCCAGAGGCUUUAAGCUUGCUUGCUCUUGCAAGGACAGCAGACGGAACCAGAGCUCGGUAUUCCAGACUCUACAGGACUCUUGCCAUGAAGGUUCCAGCAUUGAGAGACCUUGUUAGUGAACUUGAGAAGGGCGGAGUGCUGAAGGAUGUCAAAUCAUGAGAGGUCUUAUUACUUUGAAAUAGGGUCUUCUUGCACAUCUUUCAACUUUAUUGAAACAAUGCCAGGUUGUAUCUCUUGUGCAACAAUGCUUCAAGUGUGCUGAUUAUUUCAGUUGUGUUGCCUACUUGGCCUGUAAUUUUGUUAAAAAUACGCGGUAAAGUUGCCCCAAUUUUCAAUUUUGGGUUUCAAGUUGUGUAUAGUUGUAUCAUGUGUAACAUCGUGUAACAUGCGAUAUCCAUUUGUAACAUUGUGUAACAUGCGAUAUCCAGCUUUUUAUUCAUCAGAAAUGUUCCUUACCCUAUUGUUAUAGAGCAA